CAAAAGCCCACGCAACCCAAUCACACACCGAGCAAACCGAAGGGAAAAUUUGGCCGCUAUCAGCAGGUCGUGUAUAAGAAAGGUACUGAGGAUUGCCAAGUCACUUACACUUGUGAAUAUGGGCUCGGCUUCGACGAGGUAAGGGCUCCCAAUGUAAGUUGAAGAUGAAAAUUGGGAACAGCUCCAGUAUACUAACCUUGAUUUCUGUGCAGAUCUGCGAUAAUAUGCGCUGGGCGAUUGAAGUUGGGUUUGACGGCAAGAAGGUUUAUCAUAAGGCCCAGAGCAGGUUCGGGAGUACAUAUGCCGAAACAUGGUACCAGCAGCGCGACCCGGCGUACCGCGACCUCACAGCCCGACCGCCAGGGUGGCCAACAGGUCGCGGCGCUCAUCCUCGCUGCAAUCUGGAAGAGUUUCCUUUCGGGUCACUCCAAGAGGCGGGCAACAACAAUUACCAGAUUCUUCGUUUCGUGAGCCGGGAAGUGAACAGUGCGCACAGUCAAGACUGGAAUGGCUGGUUAUAUGCAGUAUGGUGGCCUUGCCAAAGGCUCCGGCAACAGCCCUUAGAGACGAGGUACCUGAUGUCCGGAUAAGACACAUUCCGGUAAAAUAUUAAACGCGCCACUCCAAAUACAAACACAAACAUGACUAGUGGCAUAUUGAGCAAUAUUAGAAUCUAUUCUGCACAAGUCAUCUUUCAUCCUGAUACCUAUCAGUCUUUAUCCUCCAGAGGUUUUACAGCUUAUCGCGAUUUUCUCCUUAUUUAGCUGGGUACGGGGGAUCAAUAAUGUUG